CUUCCCCCCCCAACCCCCAGAAAAAAAAAAAAAAAAAAAAAACUAAACAUCUAACACCGAAGGAGAAAAACGACGUGUCCUUUUCUUGUUUUCUGAUGGCUUCCAUGGCUUCCACCCUUAGCACCUCCUCUUUCGCCGCCAAAACCUCCCUCUUCGAGUCCUCCUCCUCUUUCCAUGGGACCCCCUUGGCCCCACCCCCGCCGUGCCUCCGCCUCCAGCCGGCGAAGGCGGGUUUCUCGGUGUCCAUGUCGGCGGCGGCGCCGUACGACCUCAAGAACUUCCGGUUCGAGCCGAUCAAGGAGUCGAUCGUGUCGCGUGAGAUGACGCGCCGAUACAUGAUGGACAUGAUCACUUACGCCGACACCGACGUCGUCGUCGUCGGCGCCGGCUCCGCCGGUCUCUCCUGCGCCUACGAGCUCAGCAAGAACCCCGACGUCCAGGUCGCCAUCAUCGAGCAGUCCGUUAGCCCCGGCGGCGGCGCGUGGCUCGGUGGCCAGCUCUUCUCCGCCAUGGUGGUUAGGAAGCCAGCCCACAUCUUCCUUGACGAGUUGGGCAUUGAGUACGACGAGCAGGACAACUACGUCGUGAUAAAGCACGCCGCACUCUUCACCUCCACAAUCAUGAGCAAGCUGUUGGCCCGCCCCAACGUGAAGCUCUUCAACGCCGUGGCGGCUGAGGACCUCAUCGUAAAGGGCGGCCGCGUCGGCGGCGUGGUCACCAACUGGGCCUUGGUCUCCAUGAAUCAUGACACACAGUCCUGCAUGGACCCCAAUGUCAUGGAGGCCAAGAUAGUUGUCAGCUCCUGCGGCCACGACGGGCCGUUCGGGGCCACUGGGGUCAAGCGCCUCCGCAGCAUUGGCAUGAUCGACAGCGUCCCCGGCAUGAAGGCCCUCGACAUGAACGCGGCCGAGGACGCCAUUGUCAGGCUCACUAGGGAGAUUGUGCCCGGGAUGAUUGUCACUGGCAUGGAAGUUGCUGAGAUUGAUGGAUCUCCAAGGAUGGGACCCACAUUUGGAGCCAUGAUGAUCUCCGGGCAAAAAGCAGCUCACUUGGCACUGAAAUCACUCGGACUCCCCAAUGCUCUUGAUGGAUCCUCUGUGGGCAGCAACAUCCACCCUGAGCUGAUCCUAGCCGCUGCUGAGAAUGCUGAGAUUGCCGAUGCUUAAAAAAUCUCAUCAUCCCAAAAUCUUUGCGUAGUUGAUGAAGUAGUUUUUGUUAGUGAGUGAAUUGAUCAUGUGGUGGUGACGGUGGAAAUGCGUGAUGUGAUUAUGUGGUGGCUUUUUUCCCUUUUCUUUUUCUUUUUUGGGUUAAUAAUGAGGGGGUGCUUUUAUAUGAUCAAUAUAUUUGUAUCUUUCCCCCUUAA